UCGCCAACAGGGGGCGUUACAGUACCCUUCUACCUCACUGCCCUUCCAACAGCAUCGCUCACCUUCAGCCGGACUGACUCACCCAAGACAGAAAAGGCAGACAUCUUAUAUUGCUUUCAGAGAAGCGAGGACACAUUUUCAUCUGUUUUUUUAAUGAUGUAGGCCGGUCGUUUGGCGUUUUGACGACUAAUUAGCGCCGUUCCUGCUCACUGCGACACGGAAACGCCGCUGGCUUCGUUUGCCUUUUCGACGCUUAAAUAGUCUAGAAAAAAAACUAAGAAAGAGCAACCGAAGCUUUUUUACAGUCUCCUUGGAAGAAGAAGGAGCGACCUGUGUGGAUCUCUUGUCGUAUAUUUUGUUUUGUUCUUUUCUCGACGCCUCGGCUUCAGGCCGCCACCAGCAUCUUCGUCAGCAUCCCCCUCCUCGUCCUCUUCAUCCUCCUCCUCCAACCUGCGCCAUGGCCGACGUCCCAGCCGAGUGCAACAUAAAAGUGCUGUGUCGCUUUCGCCCUCUCAACCAGUCCGAGAUCAUUCGGGGGGAUCUCUUUCUGCCCAAAUUCCAAGGAGAUGACACUGUCGUUGUCGCGGGCAAGUCCUACGUAUUUGAUCGAGUGUUUCCAACCAACACCACCCAGGAGCAAGUGUACAACACCUGUGCUAAGCAGAUUGUAAAGGAUGUGCUGGGUGGCUACAAUGGCACCAUCUUCGCGUAUGGACAAACCUCUUCUGGCAAGACUCACACCAUGGAGGGCAAGCUGCACGACCCUCACCAGAUGGGCAUCAUCCCUCGCAUUGCAGAGGACAUCUUCAACCACAUCUUUGCCAUGGAUGAAAACCUGGAAUUCCACAUCAAGGUUUCAUAUUUUGAAAUCUACAUGGACAAAAUUCGUGACUUGCUGGAUGUGACAAAGACCAACCUGUCUGUCCACGAGGAUAAAAACCGUGUGCCAUAUGUCAAGGGAUGCACCGAGCGCUUUGUCUCCAGCCCGGAUGAGGUGAUGGACGUGAUUGACGAGGGCAAAUCAAACCGCCAUGUUGCCGUUACCAACAUGAAUGAGCACAGCUCUCGCAGCCAUAGUAUCUUCCUCAUCAACAUCAAGCAGGAGCACGUGGAGACCGAGCAGAAGCUUUGCGGCAAACUCUAUCUAGUGGACCUGGCAGGAAGCGAGAAGGUCAGUAAGACGGGGGCUGCAGGAGCCGUGCUGGAUGAGGCCAAAAACAUCAACAAGUCUCUGUCGGCCCUGGGAAAUGUCAUCUCGGCUUUGGCUGAGGGCACGAAAAGCCACGUGCCGUACCGUGACAGCAAAAUGACCCGCAUCCUGCAGGACUCUCUCGGUGGGAAUUGUCGUACCACCAUGUUCAUCUGCUGCUCACCCUCAAGCUAUAACGACGCAGAGACAAAGUCCACACUGAUGUUUGGACAACGUGCUAAGACCAUUCGAAACACGGCCUCCAUCAACUUGGAACUGACAGCUGAGCAGUGGAAGAGGAAGUACGAAAAGGAGAAGGAGAAGAACAAGACGUUGAAGGACAGCAUGCAAAAGCUGGAGGCUGAGCUCAACCGCUGGAGGAAUGGGGAGGAUGUACCCGAGACGGAGAGGACCCAACCGGAGAUCGUGACCCGUUAUGAGUCGGUGGAAGAGCGGCCCGUCUUGGAUAAUGACACCUCUUCCAUUGUGGUCCGUAUUUCUGAGGAAGAGCGCCAAAAAUAUGAAGAGGAGAUCCGCAAACUGUACAAGCAGCUGGAUGACAAGGACGAUGAGAUCAACCUGCAGUGUCAGCUGGUGGAGAAACUGAAGCAGCAAAUGUUGGAUCAGGACGAGCUCUUGGCGUCUUCGCGUGGGGAUGGCGACAAAGUGCAGGCGGAGCUCGGCAGGCUGCAAGUGGAAAGCGACUGCGCUAAGGCGGAGGUGAAGGAGGUGCUGCAGGCUCUGGAGGAGCUGGCUAUCAACUAUGACCAAAAAAGCCAGGAGGUGGAGGAGAAAGGCCUGCAAAACCAACUGCUGGCCGACCAGCUGUCCCAGAAAAUGGCGAGUUUGAUGGAGCUGGAGGCGGAGCUAUCUCGCAUGCAGGAAGUGAGCGGUCAGCAGAGGAAGCGUAUUGCCGACGUCCUCAACGGGCUGAUGAGGGACCUGAGCGAGUUCAGCUCCAUUGUGGGCAAUGGCGAAAUCAAGCUGCCGGUGGAGAUCAGCGGCGCCAUCGAGGAGGAGUUCACAGUGGCGCGCCUCUACAUCAGCAAGAUCAAGUCGGAGGUGAAGAGCAUGGUUAAACGUUGCCGGCAGCUGGAGAACAUGCAGCUGGAGUGCCACCGCAAGAUGGAGGAGACUGGGAGAGAGCUCUCCUCAUGCCACCUUCUCAUCUCUCAGCAUGAAGCUAAGAUCCGCUCGUUGACUGAGUACAUGCAGAGCGUAGAGCAUAAGAAGAGGCUGCUGGAGGAGAGUCACGACUCUCUAAGCGAAGAGUUGGCCAAGCUGCAAGACCAAGAUAAUUCUCUUCUGGAGGACAAAGAUGGAGAGAAGGGAGAGACUGAAGAUGGAAAUGUGAAGAAGAUUACCCGCCAGCAGGGCGAGUCUCACCGUGGCCUCCAUCACAAGCAGCUGGCGCGUCUGCGUGAUGAGAUCAAUGAGAAACAGAGGCUCAUCGACGAACUCACCGAUCGCAAUUCCAAGAUGGAGCUGGAGCUGGCUCAGGUUCGCUCCGACUUUGAGCGUCUGAAGAGUCAGGACAAUACCAAGAGCGAGCGCCUGGAGGAGCUCUCAUUCCUGCACGAGCGCCAUGAGCAGACUAAACAGGAUCUGAAGGGUCUGGAAGAGACUGUCGCCCGUGAACUCCAGACCCUCCACAACCUUCGCAAGCUGUUUGUUCAAGACCUCACGUCGCGGGUUAAAAAAAGUUCCGAAAUGGAACCUGAUGAUAGCGGGGGGUCUUGCACCCAGAAGCAGAAGAUUUCCUUUCUUGAGAAUAACCUGGACCAACUUACAAAGGUUCACAAACAGCUGGUUCGUGACAAUGCAGAUCUGCGUUGUGAGCUUCCAAAGCUGGAGAAACGUCUUCGGUCUACUGCUGAGAGAGUUAAGGCCCUGGAGACUGCACUGAGGGAUGCCAAGGAGGGCGCCAUGAUGGACCGCCGUCGCUACCAGCAGGAAGUUGACCGCAUAAAAGACGCCAUGAGGGCGAAAAACGCCCUACGACGCCCUCAUGCCGCGCAAAUUGCCAAGCCCGUGAGGCCGAAGCAAAUGCCUGUCUGCUCUCCCAGCAACCCAUUCUACUCGUACAUCCGGGCCACCGAGCAGGCCAACACCUACAGCAACGCCGUCUUUCAGAGCAACUUGACGCCGAACAACUCCGCUAGCAUCAACUGCAACCCGAACUCUGUUCAGACCAACACAGUUUCAACAGCACUGGGCUACCGAGCAGGCAGAUACAAUGGCGACAUACUGGAAUCCUUCCCACUUAACAUUGACAACGCAGGAAACAGCAUCAGUGACUCAAGAGACAUCAAUGACAACAGGAGUGAUGUGCACUGUGGCAGCGAGGUGGACGAUUCAAAUAGACACUUCAUCGUUCACCAGGAGACAGCUGCAAGUUAAUACCGAGGUGAUGACCAAACACUGUACAUGUUGGAGGAACCGCACCCUCGACCCCACCAAUCUGCAUGCUGCCUUCCUCUAGCCGUUCCCCCACCGUAUCGCCAGUGACUACGAUGACGAUGGUGACCUCUAGCUUUGUAGUCCUUUAAGUAGAUAAAUCUUCUCCUCUUCCUUCUUUAAGCCCCACCCAUUUACUUCGAAUAGGCGGGCGGCCAACAGUUAAGUCAGUACAGGAAAUUAUUUUUUUGUAAAUAAAAAAUGCUGCAGUCCCGAAACUUAAUCAAGUUGCCCCUGGGAUAUUUUGGACUCGAACUCUUGCAGUAAAGUAGUGGUUUAUACUCUAGUUGAGAUUAUUUUGACCAGCAUCUUUUUGUGUUAAUGUACAACUUCCCUUCUGUACAUGUCGUCUUCUUAAAGGGCCUCAUGUGGUAAAUAGGGCCACGGUGUCCCUAAUGCCUGCACCUAACAAAAGUCCUCCCCGCCCCCAAAAUAACAACACACACGUACACAGCAUGCACGUCACUUAGCGGGUUAGCUUCCAAAUAUUUGCAUGUGUUUUGAUUCCAGUCAGGAGUGAGCCGUCCAGUUGACCUCUCCGGAUAUGUAACAGAAAGUGAAAGGCAACGAAUGUAUGGCCUCGCUGACCAAAUGCAGAUUUUCUGUCUCCCACGAGACCUGGUUUGGAUGUCAGUGUAAGGAGAAAAAAAAACGAGGAAUUGGAUAUCUUCAGAUCUGCAGCAGCCCUCAAGUUUGAAAAAAAUAUAUAUAUAAAUGCGUGACUGCAGCGUAAAUGGACUGAUCAGAUAUUCCCGGUCACUACAAAUCAGACAUCAUCAAAAUAUGCCGUCCAAUGACUUACACUGACACGUCUACCCAAAAUACACGACAGGACAAAGUUUAAAAAACAAUGCUCUGUUUUUAUUUGAUUUUUUUACGUGUGGUUUGCGUUAUUUGGAAAGUAGGAAGCAGAUCUGAUAUACAAUAAGCACAAAAGUGGAAUCGGGAGCUAAUUCCGCCAAGGAGUGCUCCUCGUCAUCCCUUUUCUGAUACCGGCGCUUUGUUUAAAGCAAAUGUCUUCGUAGGUGUCUUCAUGCGGCAUAUAAAGUCAUCACCCACAAACUGCCCUCCUCUUAAAGGGCAAAAGAAGAAUAGAUCGGUAAAUCAUUUAUGUGCUUUAAUAUUGUGACGCUUCAGUUUGUUGCCAUUGCAGGGCGCAUUUACUGCUGCUGUUAUGCACACUUUUGUCAAUGUUUACUGUUUUGGAGAAUUUCACAAACUAAUUUUCAUCAUCCGUGUAAAUUCAUUGGAAAAUAUUUGAAAAGCUGGCAAGUGUUUCAGUCUUUCAUUGAGAACCAAGAAAAGUCCAAAUGCGGACAGAACAUGUUUACGAAAGUCCCCAGCUGAGCAGUCACCAGUCUGGUUUGGACCGGCAGGAACGUGUUUGUUGUAUGACAAUUCACGCUGUGAUUCUUCUGUCCUAAAUCCUGACCAACCAAUCAGGAGGGAAGAACACUGCAUGUUGUAAGGGAAUAAGAUGCAUGAUGUGGAUUCAGCUCAGUGAAAUUAAAGACUAAAGGAACACACCAAAUUAUACGCUUUCACACAUAUGGCUCUUCAUGUCUGAAUUUUAUUAUGAAAAUUGAAAUAUUAUCCACGAAAAAAUUUGGAAAAUGUGGAAAAAUAGCCUUAUCAUUUUCAAUGUUAACACAUUGACCUGCACCAGGAUUUAAUUUACACUCUCCCACUACAUUCCCCCCGUCACUAUAUGAGGAGUGUUUCAACUUGAUCAGAGCCUGCAAUUUGUCCAAGCAGACUCUCUAUUUGACAUCAUGUUGCAAAUAUGAUCUACUGUAUGUGAAGACGAUACGUCAAAAGAAAAUGGGUUUGUACAUUACAGUACUGUCUCUGCUAUUUCCACUGUCUGGUUUAAACAUAUCUUAUAUGUAUACAGUAUAUAUAUGUGCUAUUUAUUGUUCAUCUUGUAAUUAGAGAGACAUAGUGACCUGCAAGAGAUUGCUACGUUGGAAAUAAAAACAUAUUGGUUCUAUUUAUUUCCGUAGGCCUGUACUGUAGCGUUAACAUCCUAUGAUAACCACUGUGCAAGACUCCCGUUUGUAAAUAUCCGUAUGUACCACAUUGUAUGUGACCCAUCGUGUUGUCGUUCAAGUUCAAUAAAUUUGGGAGAACGGGA